GCUGAAAAUCUUAUUCCUUUUGUAUUUGUAAACGAUUUCCACUUAUUAGAUAAACAACGAGGCAUGUUUAGUUAUUAGCUAUGUAUAUUAAGAGCGUUACAGUUGACGGAUUUAAAUCCUACGCCCAGCAAACCGACAUAAAAGGAUUCGAUCCUCUAUUUAACGCAAUAACUGGACUUAACGGAAGCGGGAAGUCAAAUAUAUUGGAUGCAAUUUGUUUCUUGUUGGGAAUUACUAAUCUUUCACAGGUCCGAGCCACCAACCUCCAGGAUCUUGUGUAUAAGAAUGGGCAAGCUGGGAUCAACAAAGCCACCGUCUGCAUCACAUUCGACAACAGUAACAAGGAACAAAGCCCAAUGGGGAUGGAAGCUCACAAUGAAAUAACUAUCACGAGACAGAUAGUGAUCGGAGGACGAAAUAAAUAUUUGAUCAACGGGGUGAACGCACAAAACUCGAGGGUCUCCGAUUUAUUCCGAUCGGUCGGUUUAAACGUGAACAACCCGCAUUUUCUCAUCAUGCAAGGUCGUGUUACAAAGGUAAUGAACAUGAAGCCACCUGAGAUCUUAUCCAUGAUAGAGGAAGCCACUGGUACGAGCAUGUACGAGUCUAAGAAGGACUCGGCGCAAAAGAUGAUCGAGAAGAAGGAAAACAAACUCAACCAGAUAAACCGGACAUUGGAUGAAGAGAUCACACCAACUCUCCAGAAGUUGCACGACGAACGAUCCUCGUACUUGGAGUUCCAGAAGGUUCAGCGGGAGGUGGAGAGAUUAUCCCGUCUACUUAUCGCGCACCAGUUCGUGUCAGUGGAGCGGAUCGCUAACAACGCAUCUGGGGAGAUAGAAGAGAUGGAUGAAGAGAAGGAGAAGUUGGAGCAAGAGUUCCACCGACUGCAAGAGAAAUACCACAGCAUGGGAAGAGACAUCACAGACCUAGAGAACGUAUUAGAUAAGGAUUCGCGUGCCAAGGUUGAGUUGGAAAGUUCACUUGGUCGAGAGGAAAAGAUUGAAGCGAAAGUUCAAAGCAACCUCGCCAACCAACGUGAAGUUAUCAACAGUGAGAAGAGAAAGCUGAAAGGGUUGAGUAAAAGUAAAUCUGAGUGUGAAUCUGCCAUCCGCAACAAAACAAAAGCCUUGGAAAACUUGCGCCUGCUUUGUGAGAAAGCUGAACAUGAGAGCUCGAAGAUGAACGAGGAAUAUGCGGCUGCGGAGAAACAUUUCCAGGCAGUAACAACAGGUCUAGCCACCUCGGACACCGGUGAAGAAGCAUCAUGGCAAGCUCAACUGUUACAAGUGAAGAAAGAUAUCAGCCAACUUCAAACGGAUACCAAACAGAGUGAAAUGAAGUUAAAACACAACAAACAGGAAUUAAAAGCCAAACAAACUGAACUCAAGAAAACUGAGGCAAGUUACAAACAAGACCAAGAUGGGUUGAAGAAGAUGGAACGUAGUUAUGCAGAGAUACAGAAACAAAUGGAUAAGUUAAACUAUAACGAAGGAGCAGAAGAAGAAUUAAAAUCUCGCAAACAAGAAUUAUCGACCAAGAUCCAGCGCAUGAGCCGACUUACACAAGGACUUUAUAACAAGUUUCCUAACCUACAGUUUAACUACAGAGAUCCUGAGGCAAACUGGGACAGAGCUCGAGUGAAAGGGUUAGUAGCGAACCUGGUUGAUGUGAAGGAUGUCACCCAUGCUACUGCAUUAGAAGUGGUAGCUGGUGGAAGGUUAUACAACGUGGUUGUCGACAACCAUGAAACUGGAGCCAAACUCCUCAAGAACGGACAACUUAAACGUCGAUGUACCAUUAUACCUUUGAAUAAAGUGGCUGCCAGGACCAUUAAUAGAGAGGUUGUCUCCCACGCCAAGUCCCUGGUUGGCCAGAACAACGUGAACCUCGCCCUCUCAUUGGUUGGUAUGGAUGAUGAAAUACGUAAAGCGCUUGAAUAUGUGUUUGGUGGAACACUGGUGUGCGAUACCAUGGAAAACGCUAAUAAGGUUGCGUUCAACCCUAAUGUUAAAACCCGCACCGUCACCCUUGCUGGUGAGUUGUUUGAUCCAUCGGGCACGUUAACCGGGGGUGCACGACCUAAAGUAACCCCUGUGUUCGCUGAGUUGAAGGAAAUCAAGUCAACAAUGAAUGAACUACAUAAUGCUAAGAGAGAAUACGCUUCAAUUGAGAACAAGUUGCAUGACGUGGCACGUGUCAGUGGACGAUACCACGACCUCAAGAACCAAGCCACUAUCAAGGAACGCGAGAUUGAGACGGUGAAGCAGAGGAUAUCAACUACUUCACAUGGGAGACUGUUGGAGGAAAUUGAAAGAUUGCAAAAGUCUAUAGAUGAGUGCAGUGAAACGUUAGACACAGCAAAAGAUCGCUUCGGUGAGAUGCACCAACACUGCGUAGAGUUGGAACGAAAGAUCGCAAACGCACCAGCUGAGCGAGAACGCGAGUUGAAAGAAGCCGAGAUGAAAAUGAACAAAGUUGGUGAAGCUGCGGAGAAAGCUGGGAAGUUGGCUGAUGCUAAGAAAGAGGAAUUAAACACGAUGACACUCGAGGUCCAAGAAUUAGAGAAAGAAGUUGCCGAAUGUGAAGAUCAAAUAAGUCGCGUGGAAACUUUGAUCAAUGACGCUCAAGAUAUUUAUGGGAAGAUUAAAGAAACUGUGGAAGCUGCUGUGGAGUCUGUGAAAGCUGCCAAACUCGAGCUCCAGAAACAUAGAGAUCAUAUACAAGCCAUGUCACAUGACAUGCAACAGCGAACCAAAGAUCGAGAGAAUGUUCUUCAUGAAGUUGGUCAAUGUAAGAGGAAGUUGAUCGAUCAAAGAAACGCGAUCGAGAAAUGUCAUCGGGAGAGUAACGAUGCAACGAAUAAGGUCGCCUCUAUGUUGGAGGAACACGACUGGAUCAACAACGAGAAGUCUUUAUUCGGUAAACCAAGUUCCCCCUAUGAUUUCAAUGCCAACCCACCCAAGGAAGCAACACGAAGGUUGGAUAAACUGAAGGAAAGGCAGGAAAAACUAAGUCAUUCUGUGAAUAUGAGGGCCAUGAGUUUGCUGGGGAAAGCUGAGGAAAAGUACAAAGAAUUGAUUAAGAAGAAGAAUAUUGUGGAGAACGACAAACAGAAGAUACAACGCACGAUAGAAGAACUUGAUCAGAUGAAAAAUAAAGCAGUCACGAAAGCUUAUGUGCAGGUAAACAAAGACUUUGGCGAGAUAUUCUCCACUUUGCUACCAGGAGCUACAGCUAAACUUGCACCAGCGGAGGGCAGUAGUGUGCUAGCAGGGUUGGAGUUCCAGGUUGGGUUCGGCGACGUUUGGAAAACUAACUUGAACGAACUUAGUGGUGGACAGAGGUCACUGGUUGCUCUGUCCUUGAUCCUAGCCAUGUUACUCCUUAAACCCGCCCCCAUAUACAUACUGGAUGAGGUGGACGCUGCAUUAGAUUUGUCGCAUACACAGAACAUCGGGGGAAUGCUACGUGAACAUUUCAAGCGCUCACAGUUCAUUGUUGUGUCGUUGAAGGACGGGAUGUUCAAUAACGCCAACGUUUUGUUCCGAACAAAGUUUGUCGACGGCGUUUCCACCGUUGCCCGUUUCACGCAAUCCACACAGAGUAGAAACCCGUUGUCAGCUUUACCUGUCACUACAACAGAUGUCCCAAACUCUCGUAAACGAGCCAAGCCUACACAAACUUAGGUUAUUGUAUACUAGGUGGGGUAAGAUGGGUACCGUUAUGCUUUCUGCUAAUAUGGCAAUACACUCAAAAAACUGUGGGGCAAAAUAGAAAUAUUAUCCUGUAUUUCUUAAACAGGUUUACGACGCUCUUAUAGAGUCGUGAGGAUAGAAUUAUAUAAUUUUGUAAAUAUUCUUUGUUUACUAUUAAAUUGGACAAGAAAUAGAAUGAAAACAUAAACCAUCUUAUUUCAACCUACUAUACAAUAUAGAUUCAACUGCCAUUAAACUUCUCCUUGUAUAUUAAUAAACAUUCUCACAAAG